AUGCCACAAGCAAACGGUAUUCAAGUGAACCUAAUCUGCAAUGGAACACCUUUAACCGAGUAUCCCAAACCCUCCUCAACACCCAACAUAGUCUUUUGCGAAUCCACACCUGGUCAAACUUUUCAAGUUCAAUUAUUAGGCCCAAAGGCAACAUCAGAUUGUUUAAUAAAACUAUAUUGCGAUGGAGUUUACAUCAAGAGUUGUUCAUACCCAAGACGUGAAUGUUUAUCAAAAACGUUUCAAGGGAUUUACGCCCCAAACGAUCCAACCAAACUGAUGCCAUUUAAGUUUUCAAAUAUUGAACUUUCUGAAGAAGAUCAAAAUCAUUCAGAACAAAUUGUUAAAAACCUUGGAACCGUUUCUUUAGAAUUCUUUCAUUGUAAAUUUGGUUUAAUUAGUAAAACUAAUAAAACCAAGAAGAAUUCAAUCAAAUCGAUCCCAUCACUCGCAUCUGCCAAUAAAUUUUCGGAAAGAAACAAAAAAGCAAGUAUGAUUCCACAUACUAUUAGCCUUGGUGAUCCGAUUACUGUCGACAGAUCGGGAUCUUCAACUUCUCGUCCUCGUAAACAGAUAGAUUCAACGCCUUAUCUUCGAUUCGUAUGGCACUACAGGUCUCGCAACUUGUUAACUACUGCCGGCCUCAUUCCCCAACCCGCCACCCCACUUCCUGACAUCCAACGACCGAGACCCACUUCAGUCGCACAUCGAAAUGAUGAAACAAGGGCAGUCCAGGGACAAAAGGCACGUGUAAAGGAGGCCAAAGAAACCAAACCCGACAUCAAGCCAAAGGCCAGCGGCAGCAAGCUAAAGACAAGUGGAAGCCAGUCAGUGGUGAUUGAUCUUUGCGACGGCGACGAUGAAACGACCUCAUUCUUUUCUAGUACUCUCGACAAUCCGAUCACGCUUGAUGAUGAUGAUGCAGAAGUUGGGCUAGUGAUUUCUUCAUCCGAAAGAGUCCUUCAAGCUAGUGGGAGUUCAAGCCGACAAAUCGAUACUAAACCUGUCAAGAUUGAGUCGGAAAAAGCUCUUAAAGGGCACCCUAAGGAAAAGAAAAGAGUCCAGGCUAAAGUAGAAGUGAAAGAAAGUGAUCGGAAGCGUGUCAAGUUGGAAAUGGUGGCUGCUUCUUUGAAUGAGAAACGUUGA